UUUGAUAACCUCUUGUUUGUGAUAGAUUGCAGACAUGAAAGAAUUAUAGACUUAGCCUUUGGAACUUUCUAUCCGUGUCUACUUUUGAUGUUUUGUUGUGAUGUCGAUUUUAAAAUGGGGCGUUUUGUUUCGGACCCCUCAAGGAUGGAGCCAGGAGCUUUCAUUCACAUGGAUCACAGUAUGUGUUUAUAAGGGGAGAUAGAGCUCAGUCGAAUUAUGGAGGCAGGACUGAACUGCAGCUCUCACUGUGAGUCAAGUACCUGCUUCAUCUACUCAGGAGUGAACAACCAACAGGGCUGGGACAUACUACAGAGACUCUGUGCUCUCUCAACGAGUGGUGUGGGUUUAAGAAGUCGAGGGCUUUCGCCUGCCCUUCGUGCUGUUGUCUGGACUCUGCUCUCCUGUGGGAUUUUCCUGGCCCUCAUCUUCCUCAUUUUUACACUUCGCUUUAAAAACAAUAGGAUAGUGAAGAUGUCCAGUCCCAAUCUGAAUGUGUUGACUCUGUGCGGCAGUAUACUUACAUAUAGCAGUGGUUUCUUAUUCGCCCUGGAGGAAAGAGCAACACUGCAGGGAACAGGAUCAAGAGCGAUCUUACAGGCCCGAAUGUGGAUGCUGUGUAUAGGCAGUUCUCUGGUGUUUGGUCCCAUACUUGGGAAAACAUGGCGGCUCUACAAAGUGUUCACUCAGCGCAUGCCUGACAAGAGACUGAUUAUUAGAGACAUACAGCUUAUGGGUUUGGUUGCUCUGCUGGUCCUCGUGGAUGCUGCCGUUUUAACAACAUGGAGUCUGACAGAUCCAAUCAAGUGCUCUCGGUCCAUAAAUGCUGUGGUGAAGAUAAUGGAGUUAAGUGCAUCCUACAGUCUGUCCAAGCUAGACUCAUGUUCUUCUCUAUACUCGGAUCUGUGGGUCAUCCUUCUCUAUGUUUUAAAGGGCAGUCUCCUCCUUUAUGGCACGUACCUUGCUGGCCUGACAAGCAAUGUCAGUUUACCCCCGGUAAACCAGUCUAUGACCAUCAUGGGUGCUGUAUGCUUGGUUACCAUGUCAACCACUGUGGCUGUGCCCGUCUCCCUUUACCUGUAUGCUUGGCCCAAUGUGGUGUACAGCGUAGUGUCUGGAGCUAUUUUUAUUUGCACUCUUUCCAUAAACUGCCUACUGUUUGUGCCCCAAUUGACCCAGUGGAGACAGUUUAAAGAGGAGACAAACUCUCAUCCCAGUCAGAUGGCCAAAUAUUUCAGUAGUCCAAGCAAGACCAUGAGCUCCAUGUACAGUGAGGAUGAGAUCUAUUAUCUACUUGGAGAAAACGACUCCAUGAAAAGGCUUAUUAUUGAGAAGAAUACCAUUAUCGACAGCCUACAGGAACAAGUGAACAAUGCCAAGGACAAACUGCUCAAACUGAUGACUGUUAGCCAUCCCUUGGCUGAGGGUGAAAUGUAUUCCUCCAACACUAAUCUAAACUCCACCUCUACCCAGACGACAGUGGUAUCUCCCAAUUCUCCUCCGACCCCUAUCCUAACCGAAUAUUCAGAAGACGCUCCAACUGUGGCUCGCUUUCUACCUCCUUAUAAACCCCCUCCAUUAAUUCCCAGCAGCGCUACCUCACAGCAUACAAUCUCUGAUAGUUCAGCAGCUACAGAUGUUUCUUCUUCAGCAUAUGUAGGGCCUCCACAGUUUCAGUCUAACUCGACCAAUGAGUCCUGUCAAGUCAGCCAUUGGAUGUCUAAUCAUAUUAGUUUGAAGGGAACUGCAGAUGAGUCAGAUCCAACAUUAAAUAUUGUCAAAAACUCUAUAUGUAUCUCACAUGGUCCUGAGGAAGAACUAGAGACGUUGGAGAAACAACAAGAUCUUCUUCUGGUCAAGAGCAAAUUAGUGCAGAACUCCUGUCCACCUCCGGUUGAUACAUCAGCCUCCAAGGAGCAAACCACCGCGUCAACAGAGGUUUCAACAACGGGGCGACAGGGUUUUGUAAGCAAUGACCAGCUGGUUGAGAUCUUACAGGACCUGAGCAUGGAUGCGGUAAGCAACUCUGUCAGAUCGCCCGAGCGAGCAAGGAGACCUCCUAUCGAUCCAGAUCACGAGGAGCUCAACACAGCUGUCUCACCUCCAUCACCUCUAGAGUUCUUCUUCCCCACCAUCUCACCGUAUCUCAUGCGCAAACGUAGACCUCCAUUUUACUCCUCAAAAGGGAGACCUCCACCUUACUAUUUUCCUGGCUCUGUACCUCCAGGGCGCAGAAAACCACCAAAAGACCAUGAAAUGUUGAAGGAGGACCGGAACUACAAAAUAAAUCCUACAAGUCCAAGACCUCAAAGACAAAACUCGAGGCAUGAGGGGUGUAGGAGAAAGAGGGUAAAAAACAAUGGGACUCGCUGUGGCUCUGAUAUUUCAACCAGCAGAAGAGGUUCAAUACAGGACAACUGUGAAUCUUUUUCCCGGAAAUGUUCUGUAACAGGACAGGUUCCUCAGCCUGCCUCGGCUGAUCUGAGACAAGGGAGUAAAACAUCAGAGGAGCUGUAUGACUAUUCAGACUCAGACUCCAGCAGCUCGGAGGACUACUGUUACUACCACCUGCCAUAUUGUAGGGCCUGCCUACAUCACCCUUAUGACUCCACGGACAGCCUUAGCAGUUCUGACAGUGAGGAUGGUGAGUUGUACAAGUUGGCACACCCUGUGGUGAACUUUAAAGUGGACCUUAAACCAACUUUUGUUUAAAUUUGAUGAACCGCACUUUCUGUUUAUACUGUACUUCCAUCAUAGGAUAUUUGGGUCGAUGACAUAGAUGCUGUUUUUGUUCGACUGUAUUAAAUUCUUCAGAAAUGUAUCAAAAUGCAUUACCAUGCAGGCAAUCACUUGAAAAAAUCUUUUCUAUGAUGUUUAAUUUAUUGUUUUAAAAUAUUUUCAUCUUGGAAUAUAUUUUAAAGUCAAACAAUAUUUAUGUGGUGUAACUGUCCAUUGUAAUAAAAAAACACGUUUAAGACUAAGGUUUAUUUAAAUUAAGUAAAACCUCAACCAGAACCAUUUAAUAUUAUUUCUUAAGAUUACUGCAGCGAAGGAGCUUUUUUAAAUUAUUAUAAGUAAGAACAAUUCUAUGUGUAAGAAAAUUUAUGUUUCAGGUAAAAUAUCAUUGCUGUCCUUCUGAAACCUCGGAUGUCCAAAUUAGCUGAUUUACAGGAAAUGGAAAAUGCUGUACUUUUAAAAUGAUUUAAUACUGUUUUGUCAAAGUUGAAAAGCACUUGUUAAUAUUUUAUAUUUUUCAGAUUUGACAAACAUAAAGGGGGACUAAAAAUAACAAUCAUUUAUGGCAACAAGAAAAAACAUUUUAAUAUUAAAGUUGUGCACACUCAUUUGUACAUGUACUCACUUGUUACUGUACACCACUUGACACUUUAAAGAGUCAAUAAAUGAAAAUGUUAAAAUGUUUUUCAAAUAUCUAUAAACCAAACAUGAGUCCAAAAAUUGCAUUUCUAUUUACUAUUUUAACCCUGUUUCAACAAAGGUUUUUCUAAAAAAAUCCCCUUUUCAUCCUCCUUUGUGACUGCUCAAUUCUGUAAAAAACAACAGCAGCAAUGUAAUAUGUGAACAUAAAUGAGAUGUGGAAUGUUCUUGAAUAAUCUUGCCACUUUGCACAAGUUAGUAGAAUUAAGCUGCAAAGUACUCUAACUAUUUUCAGAUAGCACCAGAUGUAUGCUAUGUAUACGAUGUUAUGUUAUGUAACACAUUUAGUUUGUCUCUCAGCAAAUCGUACUUGAUUACCCAUAAUGCACUGGGUCAUAAAUGAUUGAACAUUGUGUUCUUCUCCCCUUCUCUCUGAUCAGCCUGACUUAAUGAAAAUAACAAAUUGUCUGUUUUAAAAAACUGUGUUUGUUUACACUUGUGCUUUUUGAGUUUUUCUAGAAUGGACAUCUCCUGUUUGAUAUCAAUGUACACAAUGUAUCCAUUCAUAAUGUAUAGGCUAAGUUUAUUCGAUCACAUACAGUGUACCUGUCCUAAGAUAUUCAGUUAGUUUAAAACUUACAAAUUAUGAUAAAUGUUACUUUGCAGUGUCACAUUUUCUUUAUUUUGUGCUACAUAUUCCAUUAUUUGAAAAUAUGAAUUUGUGAUUCAUUUGCAUAUCCGUCUAUUAUACAUUGCUACGUAUGUUUGUCUAUUUUUUAAGUAGACUUUUUGGUGUGUGUAUUAUAGAAGGUAAUAUGUUUACAAUUGUUUACAUAUCUUUGUUUGUGUCCUUAUUUAUAUAAUUUAACUCUUUAAGGAGGAUAUGUAGUGAGAGAAAACCCCAGUGUCUAUCUCUGUCUCACAUAAACAUGUUUUCUCAGUUUUAAGAAUGGCAGU